GGUUCUCUGCGCAGGACUUCCGGUUAUCUUCCGCGGUCCUCGUGGGCUCGAUACUUUCAAUAAAAGUUAUCCCCCUCCAAUGCCGCCUAAGCGCCGCGCCCCUGCAAAAGCUUCUUCCGACGCACCCAAGAGGAAGAUGAUGACCAUUGUCGAAAAAGUUAAACUUUUAGAUAUGAUCGGAGAGGGCAUGAGUUGUGCAUCUGUGGCACGCCAAUAUGGCGUGAAUGAAUCCACGGUGCGGUACAUCAAGAAAGACGAAGAAAACAUCCGCAAAACUGCUUCGGUAACCUUCAACGAAGGAGCGAAACGCGUGGUAACGCAGCAUAAUAAGAGGAUUGUUAAAAUGGAAGCCGUAUUGGCUCUGUGGAUCGCCGAAUGCCGGAAAAAGACGGUGCGUCUGGACCCGAAUAUGAUCCGGGCAAAGGCCAAAGCUCUCUACGACCAGAUCUUGCCCGACGGCGACGAAAGAGAGACCGAAGAAGGUGCUGACCCACCGCAAGCCAGUACGAGCAACGGCAGGGGUGACUCCCCCCCUCGGGGGCGGAGCUUUUUGGCCAGCAAGGGUUGGUUCGAAAAAUUUCAAAAGAGAUACGGCCUGAAGAGCGUCGCUCUGUUUGACGACGCCUCGUCUGCUGACGACGACGCUGCUCGGCGUUACACGGAGGAAGAGUUUCCCAACCUCAUCAGUGAGGGGGGCUACCUGCCCGAGCAAGUUUUCAACAUGGAUAAAACGGGCCUGUUCUGGAAGAGGAUGCCGUCGCGGACGUUCCUCUUCAAGGACGAAGUCAAGAGGCCUGGCUUCAAGCCCCACAAGGACCGCGUGACUGUCAUCAUGUGCGGCAACGCUGCAGGUUUUAUGCUUACGCCGGGCCUCAUUUACAAAGCCAAAAACCCACGGGCAUUAAAAACCAAAAACAAGGCUCUGCUUCCCGUGUACUGGAUGCACAACCCCAAGGCCUGCAUGACCAAAGCGCUGACUCUGGAAUGGUUCUUCCGUUGCUUCGUUCCCCAGGUGAGGCUGUAUCUGGCCGAAAAGGGCCUUCCCUUUAAGGUCCUCCUCCUGAUGGACUGUGCGGGAGGCCACGCGACGGACCUGCAAUACGACGGGGUCCAGAUAGAGUUCCUGCCCCUGAACACCUCACCGCUAAUCCAGCCCAUGGAUCAAGGCGUCAUCCGUGCCUUUAAGGCGCUCUACACUUGCUACACGAUGGAGGGCCUCAUCACGGCAGUCGACGACGACGACGAAGAAUUCGCCUUGAACGAAUACUGGGGGAGUUACGACAUUGCCUCGUGUCUGUCUAAUAUCCAGCAGGCAUUAAAGGACAUGAAAAGUGAGACCGUCAGUUUUAGCUGGAAGAAAUUAUGGCCCAAAGCGGCGAACGACUGUCCGGGCUUUACCCCUGACGAAGUUCACCGCUCGGCGGUGGAAAAGACCCUGAGGCUGGCUCGCGUCAUGUGGAACGAAGGAUUCGUCGACAUGUCGGAAGAAGACGUCGGCGCCCUCGUCGACUGCCACUCGGACCCGCUGACAGACGGCGACCUCCUCGAGAUGACCAAGGCCGCGAGCGAGGAGGAAAACUCCGAGGACGACGAAGAGACUGAAAAGCGGGGCCUGACCGUGGAGAACCUGGAACAGUUGUGCGACAUGGCGAGGGAAAUGCAGCAGUUUGCGCAAGACGCCGACGACAAUACAGCGCGAGCUGCGGACUUUAGGAACCGCGUUGACGGGGUGACGUCCUUGUACAGGAGGAUUUUGGAACAGAAGAAACGACAAAGGCGGCAACUACGCAUCACCAUGUGUAUCUCACAGGAAACGCCUGGCACUUCGAAAUCUGCGGCGGAAUCGGGAACCAUAUCGGCAACCAACGUGUGGAUUGUGGAAAAACAGAGACGGCUGAGGAAAAAUAUUAACCCAAGGUCCGAUCUUUCGGUUAAGGAGGAACCCGUAGAAUCAAACGUUUUUGCAGUAAAGACUGAAGAAAUACCUCUGGCAACUUCAAUUAUUUCGUCCAAAGAGGAACCCGUCGAGGAACCCGUCGACUCAAAAGUGGCUUCGCUUCCCCCUAAUGAAAGAUAUUUGAUUUCAAGCGCGGCGCAAACAGAACCUGCACCGGACAAACCAAUAUUGUGCACCGGAUGUCUCAAGCUUAUGAACUUUGAUUCUCCAAACGAUUUUUGCAUCCACAAUGAAUCCACUUGAGUAUUAUUUUUCCCCCACAUAAGCAGUUUUUUUUCCCAUAAAUAUUUCACUCAAAACAGGCCUGCUUUAGAUCCUUUGCUGCGUCGACGACUCAGCUGAGGUCAACGUUUCCAGGAGGAUUCAGAAAUAUGUAAAUUUCAAACAAUUUCUCGAGCUUGACUAGUUUUAUCUACUGUCCAGAAGAGACCCCACCCCCCACCCCACAGUUGGCACAUAUAAAUGAAAAAACAAACUCAGAACUGUUGAAAUUGCAAUAUUUUUUCGUUUGGAAAUUACAGAUUGCGCAUGAAUAUUUGCAAUAAGUUAAUAAUAAAUGUGAAUAGUUUCAAAAUGUACUUGUAUUUAUUUGCAUGGUACCCAAGGGGAGGAACUUUAAAUGCUGAUUUAUGGCUUAUUAAAUGACAAGUUUGGGGGCAAAUGCAUCACUUAAAAUAACUCCAGCCCCUUUCAAAACACUCUCGGCACACUGAAACUAUGAUUAUUAUUUGAUGUAUGUAUUAUUCCAGCACUGUAACUGAAAUUAUUCAAUUAUUAUGGUUCUUAAGGUCACUUAGGUAAAAAUGUGAUAUUUUUACAUUAUCAUGAAAUAUUAAAGACCGAACAUACCGGUGACAGCAACAUUUUUUUUCUACCAUUUUUCAUGCUCGUAAUUUUCAAAUUCUUUGUACACAAAAGUCUAAAAAAUUGUUCAUAAAUUUGUCACAGCGCGCGCCCUUUGCCGAGAUAAUGCAGUUAAGAUGCACAUUUUACAGCGAAGCCUUUUACUGCACGCAGCCAAAUGCAAGCGCGUAAAAAAAAAAAAUAUAUAUAUAUAUAUAUAUAUAUAUAUAUAUGUUUUGGUACGUCGGAGCCGUCAAAAGAAAUCGGCAAAGGAGAAGUCCAAAGCGAUUUCUAUACAUUUGUGAACUAUGUUUCAGAGCAAUAAGCCUUUUGUGUACAAAAACAGUUCUUGAGUCUGUAAAUAAAAGCUAACGCGUGGAUUUACGGAAAAGAAAUCGGACUCGUGGAUUUUUCCGCGACUUAACGGCGUCCAAUAGGAAGCAGCGGACGGACCCGUCGG